CUGUCUUGGCUCUGUGUAGUGACUCUAUCUUUAGAUUCAAAUCUUGUAAAGAGAAAUGCAUGCAAUUUGGGCAUCCUUGAAGGAGAAUGUGAACUGUGUAAGCAAGCUGACAGAUGCGGUUGCGCGGCCAGAGAACUGCAGUAAGAAAAAUGUAUGCAGUUUGGAGAAGCAGAACUUGGAGAAGCAGAUUAUUCAUCAGUUGGAAGUGGAAAGACCAUUUCGUGAAGUUCUUUUCAGGCCAAACUACCCAAGAACACAGUUUCAUGCUAAAUGUUGUUCGUCAGAGCUGAAAACUGGAGAUACAUCAAGAAAUGUUGUGGAGAUGAUCUUUCAAAGAGCGUCAAUGGAGCCCUCAAAGCCACCAAAGAAGAUCAAAAGGGUCCUGAGGGUGAAGAACUCAGUUGAGGUUGUUGAAAGGUUUGAAAAGUACAGGGAGAAGGUAAUGAAGAAUGCCUACGAGAAGAACAAGAGACAUCCAAGAAGCAUGGUAGAUGGAAAUGAGCUCUUACUAUUCUUUGGAACAACAAUGGCCUGCUGCAGCAGCAGAAACUCAAAGCUAGUCUCUCAACUUUGCAUAGAUCCCAGUUGCCGUGUUUGCAGAAUGAUUCAUUCUAAAUUUGACAUGGAAUUCACCAGAAAGAACGGGAUUCAGCUGAGUACACGCAGUGAGGAAUUGAGUGACACUAUGGUUACCCUCCAGGUGAAGAAGAAUAUGAGGGCAGUUAUAGUUUGCAGGACAAUUGCUGGGAGAAUUGCUAAUACUGUUGAUGGGAUAUUUGAAGAGUAUGAUUCAAUUGGACGGGAAGGACUCAAUAGCAGUUUAGAAUACUUAAUUGUAAGAAACCCCUGUGCUAUACUUCCUUGCUUUGUCAUAGUUUUCACCUGAGAUUUUUCUACUAAUUUUUUACAAUGCAUCAUCAAGUUGCAGUUAUUUCUCAUUUCCAUUAGGAAGCAUAAAUGAGGAAAAAAAAAAUGGAAUAGGAAGAAGUAUUUCAGUCCGUCCUGACUUGAAAUAUUAAUGAAUAAAGGUUAAAUGCCAAA